AUGGGCGGCGGUGGUGACACGAGGAGCAAGGUCUCCUACCCCGUGCUUGUUCGCAGACCAGUGGGCGUUCCCAAGACCAGCAUUCUAAAGGACCGAAUUGAACCCUUUUACAAGCCUGGCCAGUAUGACAAGGUGAACCUGUUGGCCAACCUAUACAACGCAAGGUUCUCCGGUAAGCCUCACGUAAAGAUCUAUGUUUGGAGUGCCCCCGGUCAGGAUCGACCUACGUUCAAAGAGGCAACGUCACACGAGUUCAAGGAAACUCACAUUGGUGCAUCUUUUGGUCCGUCAUGGACCACGCAUUGGUUCCGGCUCCACCUGAAAGUGCCAAAGGAAAUUCUCGACCAAGAACUUCUUGUUCUGGAAUGGGACGCCAACAAUGAGGGUCUCGUUUGGACCGAGUGUGGCAUCCCCCUCCAGGGCCUCACCGGCGGCGGUGAUCGUAUUGAAUGGAAUCUUCCCGACUCCUUCAGAGAUGGCAAGGAACACGUCAUUUACAUCGAAAUGGCUUGCAAUGGCAUGUUCGGAAAUGCUCCCAACGGCAAGACUAGCAUUGCUCCUCCGGACCAGAACAGAUACUAUGGUUUAAGCAAGGCCAACAUCACUGCCGUCAAUGUGGACGCUCGCAAGCUGUACUUUGACAUGUGGGAGCUUGGAGACGCUGCGCGAGAGCUUCCAGAAGACUCUGCUGAACAGAAUCAUGCCCUUGCCGUUGCCAUGAGGAUCAUUGACACGUUCCAGGUCAACAAUCAAGAAUCCAUUUUAAAGUGCAGAGAAAUUGCCAAGGAGAUCAUCGGACCGGACGUUGACUCUGACAAAGUCUACCAACACGGUAAGGAGCCUGUCGUAUUUGGUAUUGGUCAUUGUCACAUUGAUACUUGCUGGCUAUGGCCCUUUGCGGAAACAAAACGCAAAAUCGUCAGGUCUUGGUCCAGCCAAUGCGACUUGAUGGACCGAUAUCCCGAGGCGCGCUUUGCGUGUUCCUCGGCGCAACAGUUCAAGUGGUUGAAGCAACUCUAUCCCAGUGCAUUCGAGCGCGUCAAGCGCAAGGUCAAUGAGGGACAGUUCCAUCCCAUCGGUGGUAGUUGGGUUGAACACGACACAAACUUACCCAGUGGAGAGUCCCUUGUUCGACAAUUUUUAUAUGGUCAGCGAUUCUUCGAGGUUGAGUUUGGCUCUCGCUCCCGCACUUUCUGGCUGCCAGACACUUUUGGAUAUUCCAGCCAAAUACCCCAGCUCUGUCGCCUGGCUGGCAUGGACCGUUUCCUGACCCAGAAACUGAGUUGGAACAAUAUUAAUACCUUCCCCCAUACCACCUUUAUGUGGGUGAGCCCAGACGGCAGUCAAGUCAUGUGCCACAUGCCACCAUCCGAAACAUACACAGCAGAAGCCGACUUUGGUGACCUGCGUCGCAGUAUCAGCAGACACAAGACGAUGCGGGUCGACAGUUCCUCGCUGCUGGUGUUUGGUAAAGGCGACGGGGGCGGUGGCCCAACAUGGCAGCACCUAGAGAAGUUGCGUCGAUGCGCAGGUAUCAGCAACACCAUUGGGGGCAUUCCCAAGCUCAAGCUUGGUCUGAGCGUUGACGACUUCUUUGAACGUCUGGCACCCAAAGCCAAGGAUUUUCCUACGUGGUAUGGUGAACUCUAUUUUGAGCUUCAUCGUGGCACAUAUACCACACAAGCCAACAACAAGAUGUUCAACCGCAAGGCCGAAGUUCUCUUGAGAGAUAUCGAGCAACUGGCAACAAUUGCUUCUAUCAAAGACUCGUCCUACAAGUAUCCAACGAGGGAGAUUGACAGCAUGUGGGAGAAUGUUUUGCUUUGCCAGUUUCAUGACUGUCUUCCUGGCAGCUCCAUUGAAAUGUGUUAUGAUGAAUCCGACAAGUUCUACGCUGAAGUGUUCAAGACCGGUGACAAGCUGCUUGCGGAUCUAUAUAACUCCUUUGGGGUAUCUUCUACCUUGUCAAACUCUCUCCACGAGUCCGUCGUUGUCAACACGCUGCCGUGGCAUCGUAAGGAAAUUGUCCAGCUAUCUGAGACUGAAGUUGGUGUUGCUUGUGGAGAUGCUCAAUUGCUCCCCGUCCGCCGCUUUAAGAUUCAAGAGAACAAGCCCGCGGUCGCUUUGACCUCGAACGGAGAGAUAUUUGUGUUACAGAACGAACAACUCCGUAUAGUGGUUGAAAAGGGCUGUAUCACCUCGUUGUAUGAUCUUGUCAAUGAUCGCGAGGUUGUCGAGCAAGGUUGUCAAGCCAACAAGUUUGUUAUCUUUGACGACAUUCCUUUAUACUGGCAAGCCUGGGAUGUUGAAAUUUAUCAUCUCAAUACCCGCAGAGAGCUUCACUAUGGCAAGACGAAGAUCCACGAGAACAAGCCGCACCGUGUUACUCUGGUUACCGAUAUCAAAAUUAGCGACCAGAGCUCCAUGAAAUCCUACAUCUCUCUUGGGGUGGCUUUAAAGGGACAGCAGUCUCAAGUUGAUUGCUCCGCCGAAGUUGAUUGGCAUGAAGACUGCAAGUUUUUAAAGGUUGAGUUUCCUGUUAAUGUAGUUAAUACCGAGGCUUCGUACGAGACUGCAUUCAGCAUCACCAAGCGACCUACACACUACAACACCAGCUGGGACAUGGCUAAGUUUGAAGUAUGCUGCCACAAGUUUGCUGAUUUGUCCGAGCACAACUAUGGUGUUUCUAUUCUCAACGACAGCAAGUACGGUUUUGCUACUGCAGGCAAGACCAUGCGUCUGUCGCUUCUUCGCGCGCCAAAGGCCCCUGACGAGCACGCUGAUAUGGGGCAGCACAGCAUCCGUUGGGCUAUUUUCCCCCAUAAUGGCGCCUUGUCUUCUGUUACUGUCAAGGCGGCUUACGCUUUCAAUAACCCACUGAAGCUGCUGUCCGCCCCCGAAACAGCCAUUCAGUCCAUAUCGGAGGCACCAAUCAAACUGAUUAACAGGGAUGAGUCUUCGUCGUUGAUUCUCGACACAAUCAAGCGAGGUCACGACGAUGAGGAUGUGAGCCUUCGGGAGGGCUUGCGAGUGAACAAGGGACAAAGCAUCAUCCUGCGUGUGUACGAAUCUCUAGGCGGCCAUAGCAGAGGCACCAUCGAGACGUCGUACAAUGUCAAACGAGUGAACAAAGCAAACAUUCUCGAGGAUGCGUUGGAAGAGGUAGAACUUGGUGAUGGCAAAUUUGAUAUCAAGCUGAGACCGUUUGAGGUGGCAACGUUCAAGCUUCAGCUUUAG